AUGGAAAAGGUGGUUCUGCCCAACGGUGAAGAGCGUGAGAUCGAAAUCAAGAACGCGCUAUAUGUUCCAAGUAUGAGCAAGAACCUGCUCUCGGUACCACAGAUUAACAGCCAUGGCAAGUUUCAAGUCGUGUUUGACGGGUCCAAGAUGUAUGUGACUCUCAAGAACUCACAGCAAGUGGUGGCGACAGCGGAUCUCGUGGAUGGACUCUACUGGCUUCGGACGACUCAACGAUCAGCGAAUGUGACAACAAGUGGAACCAGUUGUGCCGAUCUACAUGCGAGAAUGGGUCAUGCUCCAGUCGAUGUACUUCGCAAGAUGAUCGCGACCAACAUGAUCAAGGAUGUGCGAGUCCCUCUCAAGUCGGGUGGAGCAACUACAUGUCGAGGAUGUCAACAAGGGAAAAUGGUCCAAAAACCAUUUCCAAGCAACCGAGACAAGCGCAGCUACGAUACGUUUGAGCUACUUCAUCUGGACAUCUGCGGGCCCAUGGAAAAGGAUUCGCUCGGUGGCAGCAAAUAUUUGCUGCUGAUCAUCGACGAAGCCAGUGGAUGCAUGAAGGGCUUUUGUCUACGAGUGAAGUCCGAGAGUGAAGACUACAUCCGGAAAUAUAUCACCAUGGUACAGACGCAAUUCUGUAAGAAGGUCAAGUUCGUGCGACACGACGGAGCUCGCGAGUUUGCAACCAACUCGCUUCAACUGUUCUACGAAGACGAAGGCAUUGAACAGCAGACAACGGUGCCGUAUGCACAUCAAACAAACGGAACAGCAGAGCGUGCCAUUAGGACUAUUGUCACGAUCGGCCGCAGCAUGCUUCACCAUGCCAAGUUGGACAACUGCUUCUGGGCUGAAUUAGCAAUGACGGUCAUCUACGUCAAGAAUCGCCUACCGUCACCCAAAAAUGUGCAUAAGACCCCGUUUGAGAUCGUCUAUAACUUGAAACCAAGCGUCAAGCACAUGCGAACAUUCGGGUGUCAGACAUACAUACUGACGCCUAAAGAGAAUCGACUCAAGUGGGAUCCAAAGUCUCGCGCUGGCAUAUUCGUGGGCUACGAAGAAGUUUCGAAGGCAUAUCGUGCUUAUGACAUCGAGGCGGGGCAGGUGGUUAUCAGCCGCGAUGUCAACUUCGACGAGUCCACCUUUGGACUUCAACUGCCGAUCACUGAUGAAGAUGUCGAUGACCUGGACUUCGAAUUGCUGGAUCUUGAUGACGAAGAGCUGCGUCAAAUGGAGUACAAGCAAACAGGCAAGCGCAAGAACCGACUCAAUGAUGAAGAUACAGCAGCUCCACGACCGCGUGCAGUGCGUCAACGACCAGGACUAGAAGAGUCAAGCGCGCCGGAAAACAACUCGUCACGACAAGAAGAAGACGAAGAAACGAAGGAUUCUGGUGAUUCAACACCGCCUGUGUUUUGGCGUGCGAGUGCAAAUGCCGUUGAAGCAGAAGUGAACUUAUCAGAACCCUCAACAUUUGAAGCAGCAGUAAGCGGCCCUGACUGUUGCAUUGUAGAUCGGAGCGAGGAAAGCGGAGCAAACGGAGCGGAGAGACCGAAGAGAGUAGAGCAGAAAACACUUGCCCAAUAG